AUGUGGUGGUUUCAGCAGGGUCUGUGUUUCCUGCCCGCCGCUCUGGUCAUCUGGACGGUGGCGUCCUUCGUCUUUGCUUACAUCACAGCGGUGGUGCUGACGCACGUGGACCCUCUGGUGCCUUAUAUCAGCGACACGGGAACCAUGGCGCCAGAGAGAUGCGUUUUUGGGAUCAUGUUGGAUGUGUCCGCAGUUUUAGGCGUAGCCACGGUGUACGUGCGUUACAAACAGGUAGAGGCUCUUACAGACGAGGAUGACGUCACGAGCCGAAGGCUGAACUGGAUCGGGCUGCUGUUGGGCUGCAUCAGCUCCUUUGGGAUGAGCGUGGUGGCCAACUUCCAGAAGACCACCUUGUUUAUCAUGCACCUGGUGGGGGCUGUGUUGACCUUCGGGGUCGGAGCGCUCUACAUCCUGUUUCAGACGCUCCUCUCGCUCUACAUGCACCCGCACAUCAGCAGCAGAACCAUAUACCUGGUUCGCCUCGGCAUCGGAGUCUGCACCCUGUGCAGCAUCGUCAGCAUGUUUGUUUCAUCCGUCAUCAUGUACAGCACUUUACGAGGCGUCGACGUACCUCAUAAACUCCACUGGAUACCAGGAGAGCCGGGUUAUUUAGCACACAUGUUCAGCACGGUGUCUGAAUGGUGUCUGGCCUUCUCCUUCAUCAGCUUCUUCCUCACCUACAUCAGAGACUUUCAGAAAAUUAAUUUGCGAACAGAAGUGGAUUUGCUGAGCAGCCACCUGUACGACUCGCCACACGGAAGCAUCAGCGCGUCUCGUCGGAACAACCCGUCGGAGACGUCGCCGCUGCUGGCGGGAGCCACAUGACAUCACAGCUGCCCUACACGCUGCAUCCACACCUUUUAAAACUUUUCUCAUCUCAUUUAAAGCUUUUUGGACAGAGGCUCUGGUGGCUUUUAAACGCUCGGGGGCACAGAAACGUACCUUCCAUCCAGUCGUACUAUAUGUAGUCAGAUAUUCAGGUCCAGAUCUGGGAGACCUCCAACUCAAAGAUCCGCAGGUGAAUCGAUGGAGCUCCGAGCUGCUCGCACCAUCUUUGAACUGCAUUUAAACACAGUAGUCCUUCGUUUAUCGCAGGGGAGCCGUACCCUGAAGACCCGUGAUAAGUGAAAA